CUCCGUAUCUUCUUCGUUUUGCCAGGAAGACUCCAGAGAUCUUGUGAAUGCGUUUGUGUCAGCUUCUCAGAUCUCGUGCAAAUCCAGUUAUACCUCGGUUGCGACCCUCUCAACAGUUCCGAUCCAUUCAAAUCAUUCGCAACUCCCUGCCGCGGUCAACGUCAUUGAAAUUGUCGGGCCCUUCCUGCUUGAGACCCCCUUCAAAAUCAAUUUCAUCAUAUUAUCCUACAACCACCACGGCAGCUAACAACAUGGGCUCUCUUGGACCGUAUAAGCAAAAGCACAAGGUGACUGUGGUGGGAUCGGGUAACUGGGGCACCGCUAUAGCCAAAAUCGUCGCCGAGAAUACUGCCAGCAACCCUGCGGUCUUUGAGAAGGAUGUUCAGAUGUGGGUUUUCGAGGAAAAGGUCGAGAUUCCGAAAUCGUCGAAGCAUUAUGAUCCUGCCUCUUCUCUUUGCCAGGGCCCGCAGAAUCUGACAGAUAUUAUCAACCAUACCCAUGAGAAUAUCAAGUACCUCCCCGGAAUUACCCUUCCGGAAAACUUGAUUGCCAAUCCAUCGCUAGUCGACGCGGUUCAAGACAGCACUAUCCUCGUCUUCAACCUACCCCAUCAAUUCAUCAUCAAUAUUUGUGAACAGAUCAAGGGCAAGAUUGUCCCAUACGCGCGUGGAAUUUCUUGCAUAAAGGGCGUGGAUGUGAAUGAGGAAGGAGUCCACCUGUUUUCCGAAACAAUUGGAAAGAUUCUCGGGAUCUACUGUGGCGCCCUGUCCGGUGCCAACAUCGCGAAUGAGGUCGCCCAGGAAAAGUGGUCCGAGUCUAGCAUUGGUUAUGAUCCACCGCAUUUUGACUCUAAAGCCCCUUCUCCUCCCAACCGAUCCCCUUCCGCAUCGACUGACAAUAUCCUGCACUUCGAGCACAAAGACGUUUCGGGUCAACUUUCGCGGGUAAAGCUACAGGCUCUACCUUCCGAAUUUCCUCCCAUCGACCAUGCCCUUCUCAAGUCGCUAUUCCACCGUCCUUACUUCCAUAUUGGUGUGGUAAGUGACGUCGCAGGUGUUUCGUUAGGAGGUGCCCUUAAGAAUGUCGUUGCUGUCGCGGCAGGGUGGGUUGUGGGCAAAGGAUGGGGAGACAAUGCGAAGGCUGCAAUUAUGCGAGUUGGGCUUUUGGAAAUGGUGAAGUUCGGCGAACAGUUUUUCGGUGCUACCAUCAACACUCGCACCUUCACUGAAGAAAGUGCUGGUGUUGCCGAUCUAAUCACGAGUUGCAGUGGCGGACGAAACUUCCGCUGCGCAAAGCUUAGCAUUGAAAGAAACCAGCCGAUUGAGAAAAUCGAGGAGACAGAGUUGAACGGCCAGAAGCUGCAAGGCACUUUGACUGCAGUCGAAGUCAACAGUUUCUUGAAAAAGCAAGGUUUAGAAGAAGAGUUCCCAUUGUUUACUGCAGUCUACCGAGUUCUUCAAGGCACCAUGUCUGUGGACGAGAUUCCUUCUUUCAUUGAGCGGUAAUUACGACCUAAUAUGUCUCCCUUCUAUUGACGCCGGUUAUUAACUCUCAAUUCGUUUAUUCUUUUUCAACAGCAAGCCAAUUUCAACUGCAAUUACUGAAUUAGAUGGGCAAACGGGCCAUGAUAUGGAUGCACUGGGCGCUAGUGCCAAGCUGUGAAUGAACGAUUGUUUAUCUUGUUUCAG